AUGGCCUCAGCGAACCCAACUCCUCUAUUUGGCGGCCUAGGAGCUUCCACUCCGUCUUCGGCUCCUACCGCACCAAACAACUCAGCAAGUGUUUUUGGGAACUCAUCUGCUACAGGCACCAAUGGAUCUUUAUUUGGAACUGUUGGGCAGCAGCAGCAGCAGCCGCCGCCCGUCCAGUCUUCAAUCUUUGGACAAAGCCAGGCCCAAAAUACUGCGGCGCCAUCGUCGCAACUUUCUGGUCAAGCAACUCAACCUGCUUUCUUUAAUAGCUUAUUGGAGCGCGGCAAAAAGAGACCACUUUCUGCCCUCGGGCAAACAAGUAAUUUUGAGCAGCUUCCCAGCCUCCAAUUGGGCCUUGAUGAUAUUCGAAGAAAAGCCAGAGAACUUGGGACCGGGAGUCCUUCGACCCAGGGGCAAGCCCCAAACAGUAAAGCUCAUUAUCUACUCGCCGCUUCAGGUGUUUCUGCCGGGCAUGCUUUGCGAGACCUCAAAGCGUUGGAACCUUAUGAGUCAAAGUCGAGGGAGCAAGAAGCUACCUUCGAUCCGGAUAAUCAGAAGUUCCUCAGAAACAUACAACAGCGCGGUCGUCAAGUUAUGAUCGCCGAGAGUCUCACCCGGACAAACAAGGAUUUCGACCUCUUUCUAGAGGGAAAAGUGGACUUGAAUUGGGAAGAGCAGCGCCGUAAAAUUUUUCAGCACUUCGGUCUGACUCAACGAAGUGAAGCCACUGGCGAUACGAAAGGAUCGUUUGGCCGGUCGAUGAGACAAUCGAAACUCGGCCCUAGUUCAAUUUCUAACGCCCCCUUUUCGUCUCGUCGAAGUGUCUUUGGACGUUCGGCUUUGGAUAAGUCUGUAAUUGGAACCCCCGCGGCUGGAUCAGCCAACCAGCAGCUGUUUGAAGACCCCAUGGAACGAACUGAGGGUUCAACUGCUCCAGACAUGCGACACCACCGGGAAAGAAUGGGAAAUUAUGCGGCCAAAGUACAAUUGUUAAACUCUGCAAGGCUCCAGUCGCACACUUUCCCAGUCCUCCAUGAAUUCUCGAGUGUUGAAACAGAUGCCGGUGGCGAUGUACGUUACGAUUCCUUUGGAUUUGAUCUCCAGAACUAA